AUGAGCAGACUGUGGAUACAGAACCCGAAUAGAUGCGCUGACGAAUACUUGGAUGGAAUCGAGGAUUUCAUUGAGUUUGCACGUAGACACAACCCGGGUGCAACUAGAAUCCGGUGUCCUUGUAGGAGGUGUAACAACACAUUGUGGGAGACAAUUGAAAAUGUUGGAUUUCAUUUAGUAAGGAAUGGAAUGAUUGAGACAUAUAGCAUUUGGAACCUUCACGGAGAACAAUUAGACAAUGCUUCGUCUUCAAAUGCCAUAAGAGUGGACAAUGUUGAACCUAUUGUGGAUCGUAAUGAACAAGUGAUGGAUAUUAUAAACGAUGUUUUUCCAUUUGCAUCGACGAACAUCAAUCAGGAAGGGGAAGAUGACGUGCCUACACCAAUGGACAGUGCAGAGUUCGAACAAUAUGAAAAACUAUUAAAAAAUGCCAACCAAGAGUUAUACCCGGGGUGCAAGAGCUUUUCCGUUCUCACGGCCAUUGUGGAGCUAAUGCACGGAAAAAUAAAAUAUCGUAUGUCGAACUUGUGUUUUGAUUACUUUUUGGGGGUUUUCAAGAGAAUGCUUCCGACGGACAAUUGUUUGCCGAAAGACCAUAAACACGCGCAGAAGGUGUUGAAUGGUCUUGGAUUGGGUUAUGAAAAAAUUCAUGCUUGCAAAAAUAAUUGCAUGUUAUUCUACAAAGAGUAUGAAACAUUGGAUACAUGCCCUAUAUGCAAUGAGUCGAGGUUCAAAAUGACAUCUCAGAAUAGAACGACUAAGAUCCCACAAAAAGUCAUGCGUUAUCUGCCUCUGAAACCUAGGCUUCAGCGAUUGUAUAUGUCGACGCAUACUGCCACAGACAUGAGAUGGCAUAAGGAAAAACGGGUAGACGAUGAUGUGAUGCGGCAUCCUGCAGAUGGGGAAGCAUGGAAAGAGUUCGAUCGAACGUUCCCUGACUUUGCUGCUGAUCCUCGAAAUGUUAGAUUGGGACUUGCCACUGACGGAUUCAAUCCGUACGGGGUUCUAAACCAACACCACAGCACUUGGCCGAUUUUCGUAUUUCCAUAUAAUUUGCCGCCUUGGAAAUGCAUGAAAAAAGAAUACAUGAUGUUGACUGUUUUGAUAACUGAGGAUCCUGGCAGGUCAAUCGAUGUUUACUUAAGGCCGUUGGUUGAUGAGCUCAAGGAUUUAUGGGCAAACGGUGUGCGUACGUACGAUAAAUCCACUGGGAAGAUGUUCACUUUGCGGGCAGCAGUGAUGUGGACUGUUAAUGAUUUUCCCGCAUAUGCAAUGGUUUCUGGGUGGAGCACAAAGGGUUAUAUGGCAUGCCCUAUGUGCAAGGAAGAUGUAACUUCUAGUUGGCAUGCCGGAAAAGUUUGUUAUCUUGGUCAUCGGAGAUGGUUGCCAUGGGACCACGAAUGGCGGGAAAAGGAUAAAGAGUUCGACGGGAACAAAGAGCCUCGCCUUAGACCUAGAGAAUGGUCUGGUGAUGACAUCUUGGAACAGCUUAACCGUUUGGAUUUUGCUCCGUUCGGCAAAACAGUUAGUCGAACCAGACCUUCUACACAUAUGAACUGGACGCACAAGUCUAUGUUCUUUGAGCUCCCAUAUUGGUCGAAACUAAAAUUGAGACACAAUCUUGACGUUAUGCAUGUUGAGAAAAAUGUGUUUGACACUUUGAUAGGUACGAUUCUAGACAUCGAGGGCAAGACAAAGGACACGAUCAAAGCUCGUCUUGAUUUGGAAAGAAUGGGCAUACGAAGAGGCAACGCUUUAUGA